AUGUGCAAUGUUACUUCCACAAGCCAAGACCCCAAACAAGACCCCAAACAAGACCCCAAACAGACCGAGAAUGAAUCGCUGCUGGAAAACCUCAAUCUCAUGGGCGUUGAUAUCAAAUUGGCUCGUCAACGGCAGCCUGGAGUGCUCCGCAAAAUCUUCACAAAUGAACAAGGCGUCCAGAAGUUUCUUCAAGGCAAAGGUGCGAGCCAGAAAGUGAUCGCAAGUGUCAUAACACGCUACCCACGUUCCAUCACACGCACCUUUGAUCACCUGGAGAAGCGAUGGGAGUUAUGGAGGAAUAUUUUUAAAUCUGAUGAGGAAAUUACACUUGUUAUUGGUCGUGUCUUACCCAUUGUCUACUUACUUAAUUGGGGAUUUAUCGAAAACAAAAUGGACAACACUGCAGCGGAAACUCAGGCUGUCAGUACAACAAAGGCAGCAUCUGUGAAGGGUGAAGCCCAAAUCAAACCACAAUUUCUUGCCACUAAAGAUGCAUUUCAUGGGUUUGUGGACUCGAACUGGAAAUCAAAUGGACCCAUCAAUGGUGGUGAAAAGGAAGAUGCAGAGGUGGCACCUGUGGAGGAACCUGAAGCUAAGAAGCCAAAGUUAGAGACGGAGGAUGGUAAAAGAGAGAAACUGGAUAAAAAACAGUGGCGCGGACAGAACAAGUCCAGACCUCACACCAAGCCAACCGACUAUGAUGAAAAACGCCUCUGUCUCUCCGUCCUUAAGGCGGACAAACAGUGCCAUUAUGGAGAAAGAUGCCGUUUCUACCAUGAUAUUGGCGAAUACAUGAAGACAAAACCCGCUGAUAUCGGAGACAAGUGCUAUCUCCAUGACACGUUUGGAAAGUGCCCUUACACGGUCUCGUGCCGCUUUGCUAUGGCUCACACAACCCCAGACUUUAAAACGGUAGAAAAGGAAGAUCUCGUCAAAGAGUUUGAGGGAAGAAUUGUUGUGAAGAACAUUUUGGGUAAAGAUCUUCAAAACAGUCUGAGGAAACGCUCCGUGAAAUUCCCCAAGUCGGAUGAGUAUCUCAAAGUCCUGGCAAAACAAAAGGAGAAAAGAGAACAACAAGAAAAUGGUUCAGCAAAAGCAUCUACAGAUAACAUUGAAGAGGUUCAACAAGAAUCUACAGAUCCAGAAACGCAAGUAAACACAGAGAAAAAGACUGAAGUGAAGACUGUUGGCCCAUUAACGGAUUCAGACAUCGUCAAACUGAGACCAAAUGAAAAGAAGCAGGUGGACUUUAAAGACAAACUCUACCUGGCACCCCUCACGACGUGUGGAAAUUUGCCGUUCAGACGCGUUUGCAAGCGUUUUGGAGCCGACAUCACGUGUGGAGAGAUGGCCAUGUGUACCAACCUGCUGCAGGGACAGCAGUCUGAGUGGGCGCUGCUUAAGAGGCACGAAUCUGAAGAUGUUUUUGGAGUUCAGCUGGAGGGUUGUUUCCCAGACACAAUGACAAGGUGCGCAGAGCUCAUCAACAAUAACAUCGAGGUGGACUUUGUUGACAUAAACUCUGGAUGUCCCAUUGAUCUUGUUUACAAAAAGGGAGGUGGAUGUGGUCUGAUGACUCGAACCAGGAAAUUUGAAGAAAUAGUCAGGGGAAUGAACUAUGUCCUAGAUGCCCCCCUUACGGUGAAGAUAAGAACCGGCGUUCAGGAGAAGACCAACAUUGCUCACAAAAUCAUCCCAGAAUUCAAGAAAUGGGGCGUCUCCAUGAUCACUUUACAUGGUCGAUCAAGAGAACAACGCUACACAAAGUUGGCCGACUGGGACUACAUCAGCAGCUGCGCGGAGUUGGCCAGCCCUGUGCCUCUUUUCGGUAAUGGAGACGUCCUGUCCUAUGAAGAUGCCAUGAAAGCGAGAGAAACUGGCGUCUCUGGAAUCAUGAUCGCAAGGGGAGCUCUGAUUAAGCCGUGGAUUUUCACUGAGAUUAAGGAGAGCAGACAUUGGGAUAUUUCGUCCGCCGAGCGCCUGGACAUCCUCAGGGACUUCUCCAACUAUGGCCUGGAGCACUGGGGCUCAGACACCCGUGGAGUAGAGAAGACACGCACUUUUAUGUUGGAGUGGCUCUCCUUUAUGUGCAGAUACAUCCCGGUCGGUCUGUUGGAGAGAGUGCCUCAGAAGAUCAACGAGCGGCCUCCGUAUUACAUGGGACGGAACUAUCUGGAGACUUUGAUGGCAAGUCAAAAUGUGGGCGACUGGGUGAGGAUCAGUGAAAUGCUGCUUGGACCAGUUCCCAAGAAUUUCAACUUUCUUCCCAAACACAAAGCAAAUGCCUACAACGGGGUGGAGUUUGUGGCGGUCUUCACCUGGACUUUGCUGCUGGUUUUGGUCCAGGGCUGGGUUGAAAUCAAGCCAGGGGAUGUACAGGGCUUUUUUGAACAAUACUCUACCGAGAUAGUUAAGCCUGAUAUUCAGAAAGGCUAUAGCAUCACGUUUCCUGAUGCUGAUGCCGGUUCUGAUGAAGACUAUGACAAUGAGGAGGAUGAUGAUGACGAAGAGCCACUUUCCAUCAAGGGGGACGGCAAAGGAGCCUUGGAUCCAAAAUCUAAACUCCAUGAACCUCACACCAACGCUAAACCUCGCGCUGACAACAAAGACCCAACCGGAUUUGACUUCCGCUGCACUAAAAAAGGUUUUAAGAUCUCGCUGGUUAAAGAAGAGUUGGACAAAGUUCUGGUUCUUGGCUUAAAAGACCUGGUGAGGGCUUCAAAUGCUUCGGAGGAGUGUGGCUACGAUGUGGACCUAGAACAAGGGACUUUGAGGGUGCCUUUUACCGGGUGUCAUGUCAAGAAUGAGACUGAUGACUUCGUGCUACAGCUGCUUUUAUCUGGAGGCACUCGAGUGAGAACUGCGACUUGUCCUCACGCAAAAUCUGUUAAAAGUGGAGAAUCUCUUCAACCCAGAGGACAUUCUACUCUAGUCUGCCCAUUUUCAACAAGUCCUCCAGCGCUAGAAGUUAAUCUGGAACUGCAGCUGCCCCACAGCCACCACCAGCACCCGGUUCCACAGCUGCCCCACACCCACCACCAGCACCCGGUUCCACAGCUGCCCCACACCCACCACCAGCACCCGGUUCCACAGCUGCCCCACACCCACCACCAGCACCCGGUUCCACAGCUGCCCCACACCCACCACCAGCACCCGGUUCCACAGCUGCCCCACCACCAGCACCCGGUUCCACAGCUGCCCCACCACCAGCACCCGCUUCCACACCCGCCCCACCACCACCCGCUUCCACAUCCUCCACCAGAUGUGCCGCCCCCACAUGUGCCGCAUCCCCAGCACCCAUCAGCGCCAUAUUGUGACUUUGCCUCGGUGGAGCGUGUGCCGUGUGGUACUCCCUGGAUGACUCCCCAGUCCUGUCAAUCAAUGGGAUGCUGUUGGGAUUCAGCCUGCUUUUACCCAAUGGAUGAAUGCACAAGUGACAACCACUUUGUGUUUGCGAUCCACCACAACACUGCCUCCCUGAACCUGGACCCUGCCAGCCUCGUCAUCCCAGGCACAAGCUGCAAACCGGUCAUACUCACCGCCACCGUGGCAGUCUUCAAGUUCAAAGUCAACGAAUGUGGCACUCGGGAAUUUAUGGUUGGUGCAACUAAAGUGUAUCUCGCUGAAGUCCAAGUAGUGGUUAACUCCUUAAAUUUGAAGUAUGGUGUGAUUUCAAGAAGUCCUCAAUUGCGUUUCUUGAUCGAGUGCCGCUACAGCACUGGUAAAUCCUCUCUGGCCAGCACUGGAUUCAUGGUGAAGACUUCCAGCUACUUGACACACGCCAACGUCUACGCUGAUGGACUAUACGGGGUAGAACUGAGACUGGCAACCGAUAAUACAUUCGCCUCCUUCCAUCAGUCGCACCAUCAGCCACUGCGGCUCCUGCUCGGCAAAAAAGUCUAUUUCCAGUUGCAUUUAAUUUCACCGGUUCCAAAAUCAACCCUCCUGGUCAACUACUGUGUCGCAUAUCCUCGUUCUGCUCACAAUGCUUUAGUGCUGGUUUAUGAAGGAUGUGCCAAUCCUUUUGACCCACAAUCGUCCGUCAUUAAAAACAUUGCAUAUAAUGGCCCGACUCAUGAAAGGAGGUUUGAAGUUGACGUUUUCCAGUUUAUGGAACAGAAUACGAAUAAGUAUCUGGAUGAAGAAAUCUACUUCAUGUGCUCCACAGAAGUCUGCUUUCCGUCUGAAAAAGAGUGCAAGGAGCACUGUUUUGACUGGUAA